AUGCAGUCGCUCCGACCUCACAUCACCAGCAGCUCCCAGGUCACCAGGAGGUUGCUGUUGACACCAACCGCCGCCACCCCGGCUUCAACCUUUGUCAAUUCCAGCAGGCAACUUCGCCUUUCAUCCCACCAGGCGGAGCACAAGGCUACAUACACCACCCAGGCGUCUUUGGGAAAUGGAUCUGUCCGCAACGCUUUCCCGAGAAGAGCACCUGUCUGUGGACCUUCUGGCCAUCAACCUGCCCGACAGACUCAGUGGGCCGUCAAGAGUCGAGCUUUGUACAGUACCGAAGCCCCGGUGGCCCCGGAACCCAUUGUUCACGAUGUCUUUGAGACCAAAACAGGCACAUGGCAGUACGUGGUCGCGGAUCCGUCCACGCUGACCGCUGUCAUUAUCGACCCUGUCUUGGAUUAUGAUCCAGCCACCCAGGUAGUGACUACCCAGAGCGCCGAUGCUUUGAUUUCGUUGGUCAAAGAAAAGGGCUAUACUGUCGACAUGAUUCUCGAAACACAUGCCCAUGCGGACCAUUUGACCGCAGCAUCGUAUCUCCAGAAUCACCUUGCCCAAGAGCAAGAUCAAAUUCCCAUUAUCGGCAUCGGGAAGCGCAUCGGCGCUGUGCAGAAAUUGUUUGCCGAGCGAUACGGAGUUCCCGCCGACGAAUACGAGGGCAUAUUUGACAGACUAUUUGAGGACGACGAGACAUUUAACAUUGGGGAACUGAAGGCAACGGCAAUCCACCUCCCUGGUCACACUCCCGACCAUCUUGGUUACAAGAUCGGAGAUAACGUAUUUUGCGGCGACUCCAUUUUCCAUGCGGACAUAGGCACCGCACGCUGCGAUUUCCCUGGUGGCAGCGCUAGAGAUCUUUUCAAGUCGGGGCGAAAACUCCUUGCCUUGCCAGAUCACGUAAAAAUCUGGACGGGACAUGACUAUCCGCCGGCGGGGCGCGAUGAUCCCGUGCCAUGGAUGAGCGUAGAGCAGCACAGGCAACGGAACAAACACUUGAAGGACGGCACUACCGAGGAGGAGUUUGUGACUCGGCGGAACGAACGGGACGCGGGGUUGGCAGAGCCCAGGCUAAUGCACCAGUCCUUGCAAAUGAAUAUCCGGGCAGGCAGGCUUCCUAAGGCGACGCAGCAAGGGUUUCGGAUGCUCCAUCUUCCCCUAAAGCCAAAGACGUUGGAGUGGUGA